AUGGAGGCACUGUUCUGCAAAGGUGUGGCAACCGAUAGAAGCUCUAGUUCUGGUUGUAUUGCUACCGUCGAAGAGCCUUCUCAAACUCCAGAGCAAAAAGCGCAAGCGGCAGCUCGUGAAGCAGCUGCUCGGACCACAAAGGCGAACGUUAUCAAAACAGACCGAGACAAGAAGAAGGAGCAACUUGCGAAACCGGUCACAAGGCCGACAAAUUCAGGAUGA